AUGUGUGGCCCUCCUCGUCCUAGCUCCGGCGGCCGUAUCGCCGUACUCUUUCCAGCCUCCUCUUCCUCUGCCAAUUCCUACUCUGUCCUCUUCCAUAACAGCAAAGAAAACACACAAGCUACCUUUCGCGCCGACAAUAAUGACAUAGACACUCUCGCUGCGCUCUGGGGGUCUUCCGCAAUAGACUUGCGGAUAGAGAAGUACGGAGAUCUCACAUCCUCACCGACAUUAGCAUCAUCGCCGCUGCAUGCCUUCCGUCUGAGCCCCCAGCCUGGGACGUCAAAGAUGGAGAUGGAAUGUGAGUUGCCGGAACGGUUAGACCUGGGGAUUUCGGAUACGGGGAUUGUGGGGAGACAGGUUACUGUUGUUGCGGAUGGGAGGAUGGGGACGGGGGUUGUUGGAUACGAUUGA